AUGCCAGCCCAAGAAACUCAACAGCCUGAGACGCAGCAGAUGGAGAUGCCGAGUACGACGCCGGAUGUUGCGACGGAACAACCCCGUUCAACAGAGCAAAUGACUGCAGAACCAGUUUUGAUGCGUGGUGGUGGAGGUGGUGGACUAUGCUGUGGACUGUGCGCCGGACUUGCGUGUUUCGAGUGUCUCGAGUGUUGUUGUUAG